GGUCCACCUUAUCACCUGAGGAGAUUAUCACCAGCCAGAGGGAGACGUUAACACCUCCAGUCAGGAUGAGUUCCCUGACCUCUGACCCUAACCAGACAGACGUCAACACCAUCAUCCGACCCCCUUACUUCUUCAUCAGUGGUUUCAGAGCCAUCCCCCACAUGAAAUACUACUACAUCUUCCUCUGUUUUGUUUACAUCAUCUCUCUGGUGGGCAAUACCUUCGUCAUGACUGGCAUCUACGUGGACCGCAGUCUCCACAGCCCCAAGUACAUCGCUGUGUUCAACCUGGCCUUCACAGACGUGUGUGAAAGCACGGCCCUGGUUCCCAAGCUGCUGGACAUGUUUCUGUUCAGCAGACAGCUCAUCUCCUACGACCAGUGUCUCACGAGCCUCUUCUUCGUCUUCCUCUUCAUCACCAUGCAGUCCUUCAACCUCACCAUCCUCUCCUAUGACAGACUGGUGGCCAUCUGCUAUCCGCUCAGGUACCACAUGAUGAUCACUCACAGGUCCAUGCUCCAGCUGACGGGGGCCGCCUGGGCGUUUGCUGUGUUGAUGGUGUUGAUCUCUGUGUGUCUCAUCACCCGGCUCUCUUUCUGUAGGUCUCUGGUGAUCAACAGCUACUUCUGUGACCACGGUCCUCUGUUCCGUCUGGCGGUCCCCUGUUCUAAUGUGGUCCCCAAUCAGAUGAUGGCGUAUCUCAACCCCUGUAUAGUUCUCUAUCUCCCCAUGGUCUUCAUCAUAUCAUCAUACAUCUGUAUAACGCACGCCCUGUUCACCAUCACACUGCCCCAGGACAGACUCAGAGCCAUUAAGACAUGUACCUCACACCUAAUACUGGUGGCCAUAUUCUACCUGCCUGUUAUUUUAACAUACCUCCUCCAAUCCCUCAUACCAACCAACGCCCGGAUCAUCAACCUCUCCCUGACCUCCAUACUGCCACCAAUGCUCAAUCCCAUCGUAUACGUUCUGAAGACGGAGGAGUUUAAGGUAUCAGCCAAGAAGAUGCUCAGAAGAGGGGCCCAAAGAGCUGUGACGCAGGUCAAACCAACGUGAAGUUCUUGAAUUUUUUCUCUUAAAAAUAAUAUAUUUACAGUGCGUUCUGAAAGUAUUCACACCUAACAGCCAUUUUCAAGUCUUGGCAUAGAUUUUCAAGCCAAUUUAAGUUUAAACUGUAACUAAGCCACUCAGGAACAUUCAAUGUCAUCUUGAUAAGCAACACCAGUGUAUAUUUGAUAUUGUGUUUUAUGGAUAUUGUCCAGCUGAAAGGUGAAUUUGUCUCCCAGUGUCUGUUGGAAGUCAGACUGAAGCAGGAUUCCCUCUAGUAUUUUGCUUGUGCUUAGUUCUAUUCCGUUUCUUCUUUAUCCUAAAAACUCUCUAGUCCUUGGCGAUGACAAGCAUACCCAUAACAUGUUGCAGCCACCACCAUGUUGGAAAUAGGAAGAGUGGUGUGUUGGAUUUGCCUCAACCAUAAUGCUUUGUAUUCAGGACAUAAAGGACAUAAAGUUAAUUUCUUUGCCACUUUUUUAGCAGUUUUACUUUAGUGCCUUAUUGAAAACAGGAUGCAUGUUUGGGUAUAUUUGAAUUCUGUACUUCCUUCUUUUCUCUCUGUCAUUUAGGUUGUAUUGUGGUGUAACUACACAGGUUUUUAUCCAUCCUCAGUUGUCUCCUAUCACAGCUAUUAAACUCUUAACUGUUUUAAAGUCACCGUUGGCCUCAUGGUGAAAUCCCUGAGCAGUUUCCUUCCUCCCCGACAACUGAGUUAGGAAGAACAGCUGUAUCUUUGAAAACCUCCCUGGUCUUAGUGGUUAAAUCUGUGUUUGAAAUGCACUGCUCGACUGACGAACCUUACCGUGUCGGUAGAGAGAUUUGGUAUUACUGUAUCUCCACGUUGAAAGUUCAAAUUGGGCACGCUAUUUAUCCAAAAGUGAAAAUGCUGUACCCUGUACCUUAAGAUUUAACAUUUUCCCUACCGAUCAACAAAUAGGUGGUCUUCUUUGCGAGGCAUUGGAAGACCUCCGUGGUCUUCGUGAUUGAAUCUGUGAUUGAAAAUCACUGCUCAACUGAGGAACCUUUCAGAUAAUUGUAUGUGUAAGAUACAAAGGUUAAGUAGGCAUUCAAAAAUAAUUUUAAACAUUAUUAUUUGGACUUGCCAUUAUAAAGGAGUUGAAUACUUAUUUAACUCAAGACAUUUCAGCUUUUGAUUUUGAAUUCAUUUGCAAACAUUUCUAGAAACAUUGACAUUAUGGGGUAUUGUGCGGAGGCCAGUGACCCAAACCUCUGAAUGGAAUCCAUUUUAAAUUCAGGCUGUAACACAACAACAUGUGUGGUAAUUCAAGAGGUGUGAAUACAUUCUGAAGGCUCAGUAUAUUAUGUCUAUAAGCCUUUAUAGCCAUUCAAUAAAUAACAUAUAUCAGUGUGA